GACGGCAGUAGUCGUUUGCCAGUGCUAAAUGAAACCGCACCGCAUCGUUAAUAUAGUGCGCCUCUAGCUUGCCUCUAUAAAAGCUAUUGAUUACUCAUAAGCACCCGACAGUCGUCAGUCGAGCAGCCGCAUAGAGAGGCAACCAAUAACAAAUUGAGUGAAAAAGGGUACCUGAAGUACGGGAGGAAUUGAGAAUAGAAAAAAAAAACGGUGGUGACUAAAAUUCACGCGACACUAGGCAAUUUGGUGUGCGAUCGCUUUUUGUUCGCGCUGCUUCCGAAAAUUUUCACCCAUAAAUCGUGCAACGUGAUAGGCAGUGUGGCUGCGUGAAACCGGCCGCUAAAAGCAAAUUAAGAACACAGUGAAAAUUGCUCCGGGUGUUUUUCGGGAAGAUUAACUGUUUUUGCUGCGAUUUGCAGGACAAUAGCGAGAGAAUUGAGUGCCGGUUGAAGUUCUGUGAAAACAGAUUCGUUAUUUCGGAAACGGUGUCCAGUUCAUUACUCAUUGUUACGCGUUAACGUGUCCGUUCCGGUGUUGUGGUGCUUUGGAGCGGAGAAUUGUGAACCGCAAGCAAAACAGCGCGUGUCUGCGAUCUCACACAUCGCAUCGCUCUGCCCACGUCGCAUCAUCACGUCGAACCCGUCAUCGAACCGUCGUUCCGCUGCCGACUGCAGUUUGAGGGUCGUAAAAAAUGAAGUUCAACUUGUUUACACUGCUGUUGGUGGUGGCGUUUGUUUGCGCUUGCCAUGGAGCCGAAAUUCCACCACCUACGGUUCCCGAAAAUGGAGAUGUUGUGCGGACAUACCAAGGAGUGAACGUGUACAAAACUGAACGGGCCUGUGCCAGACAGGGAGGCCUGUGCGUUCAGAAGGACGAUUGUAAAUCGCUUACCGCCAUUAAGGGACUCUGUCCAGAAAAUGCAAACCGCGGUGUGGAGUGCUGUUAUGAAGUGAAACCUCCCCGAAUGAACAUGACUUGUGCAGAUCAUCAAGGAGAAUGCAUGGCCAACUGUAAUGCUGUGUGGUUGAUUCGACCUGCGAAUGACUGUGCAAAUGGAGAGACAUGCUGUAUUUUAGUGCGUUAAUACUAAUUUCCAUUAAAACAUUAGACCUAUAAAAUGAUGUUGAAUAUUUCCAACACCAUUAUGAGCGAUCUCAUACCCACCGGCAGCACCGUACAUUGGAAAUUGGAUUAUUUAUUCAAACGUUUCGCACAUAUAAAACCGGCUACGGGGAGCUUCGAGGCUGUCAUCAGCUAGAAAAGUAGAUUGAAGAAAAGCCGGAAGCAGCUUGUAUACUGCACGAGACAGCCCGAGCUGGAUAUAAUAGAUAAAAAUUACGCUUCGCGAACAAGACUGACGUAGAUUGUGUCACGGAUGACCUACCGGACAACUGCAGUAAUGGAUGUCGGAUGUGGACAACGCGAGAGAGGCAUAAAUGUCAAUCAAGCUGUGUUCACGGGAUGGUAAACGCUUUUCCUGGCAUAAAAU